AUUUUUAAGAAACCGGUUAACUCGCAAAUUCUGCGUAACUCAUUAAUGCUGAUUCACUUGCUUUAAAGUUUGAAAAUGGUGGAUGUCGCAGUGCGCUCGGGUUUUAAUUUUGAUAACUGUUUAAGAAAUGAACUCAUUCAAACUCAACUGAAAGGAAAGAUUUCAUUACCAAAAGCUAAAAAAACAGGUACCACUAUUGUUGGAUUAGUAUAUAAGGAUGGAGUGGUUUUAGGUGCUGAUACCAGAGCUACUGAGGGUAACACUGUUGCUGAUAAAAAUUGUGCCAAGAUUCAUUAUAUAGCACCUAAUAUAUACUGCUGUGGGGCAGGUACUGCUGCGGACACUGAAUAUACAACACAAAUUAUAUCAGCCAAUAUAGAGCUGCAUCGUUUAGAAACUCAGAAAAAACCUAGAGUUGCUACUGCUUGUAGGAUGCUGAAACAGUAUCUUCACAGAUAUCAAGGUCAUGUGAGUGCUGCUUUAGUAUUGGGUGGCGUUGAUGUUACAGGACCUUGUCUAUAUACAAUUGCACCCCAUGGAAGUACAGAUAAAUUACCUUAUGUUACAAUGGGUUCUGGAUCAUUAGCUGCAAUGGCUGUAUUUGAGGCUGGUUUUAAACCUUAUAUGGAACUCGAUGAUGCUAAAGAGUUAGUUCGACAAGCUAUUCUCGGAGGAAUUUUCAAUGAUUUGGGCUCCGGUAGUAACGUUGAUUUAUGCGUGAUAACUAAAGAUGGUGUCGAUUACAUCAGGCCUUAUGACAGAGCUAACAACAAGGGAGUUAGAUCACGUUCAUACAAAUAUUUAAAUGGUGCUACAGAGGUGUUGACUACAACAGUGGUUAAACUUGCUCCUGAAUUAAAAGAAACAAACGCAGAAGAAGCAAUGGAGAGUUGAGUUGUAAGGUGUGGUACCUAGUCAGUAAACUUUGUUCCCAAAUAUAAGAGUUAUUUCGUAAAAAAAUGUUUCUUUGCUA